ACUACCAUUCAACCUGACAGAAAGCAUGAGGUUUAUUGCCUUAAAACUUGUUGGAUUUAUAGUCCUUUCAACAGUCAGUGCUCAGAAAGCUUGCACUAAAAAUGUCAACUUGUGGAAAAGCAUACAAUAUCAGCUUAAGUUAGCAGAGAAAACAGAUGGUUGGUGUAAUUGUGGGACAACAGAAAUGCAUGGUAACAAAAGAGUCGGAUUUCUGGCUAGAUUUUCUAAAAAUCAAAGAAAUGUACAUAAUGGAGCCACUUUGGUAUUUGAUAAGGUAGUUACCAACACUGGUUCUGGAUACGAUGCUUCCACUGGACAGUUUGUUGCACCGUACGAAGGUCUUUAUUAUUUCUCUUGGACCGUUCUAACUGGCACAUCCACAUACUUCAUUUCAGAUAUCUUUCAUAAUGGUAACAAAAUUGCUAGUAACUUCUCUGAUGGAACAGGAAUAUCGACGGGACAUAUUUCAGCUUCACAAAGCGUUCUGCUACAGCUUACAGCUAAAGACCGAGUUUACAUAAAGACUCAAAGGACUGGACAAUUUAGAUAUGGUGAAGCAUGGACAACUUUCAGUGGAUUUAAAAUCUAAUAUCUUGUCUAAAUGUUAAUCAAAUAAACAAAUGCA